AUGUUAGCAGCCGAGUGCUGUCCCGUGUCCGUGAUAAUUCGCCAGAAGUGCGAAUUCUCGCCGAGUGGUGCUGAGUUCAGCAGCUCGAUAUCGCUAGUAGAUGCACAACACAUGAAGAAAAAAGGCAGCAGUACGGAGCUAUAUCCGAAGGAAGGGGCCAAUGUGACUCUACCCUGCGUUAUAGAAGGCAUCUCAGAAACUGAUGUCUACUCGAUCACGUGGCAAAAGGACGGCAAGCUGAUAUCACAGGGCCCGUACCUGUUUGCUGACGUUACCUCCUAUAGCCUGCCGAACAGCCCUUCACGCUGGGAUCUAGUCAUCACUGGAGUGAACAGCCCGCGACACGUCGGUAGCUACAGCUGCAACUACAAAAAGGAGAAGCUCGAGAUUUACGUUCACGUACAGACUCCGCUGACGUUAGUCAUGACGCCGAACUCGUCACCAGUAAUUGUCACCGUCGGCGACACGGUUGACAUCCUGUGCGACGCGGAAGGUAACCCGCCACCCGCCGUCAUGUGGACACGCGAGAUGUAG